AUGGGUGCCAGCACAUCCAAAGAGGAUGCCCAUGGCCAGUAUCAAUGGAAGGCCUCAGGACCACCUAGCGUCUCUCUCGAAGUCGUCGACGCAUUGCGAUCCAGCCCCGAGACCGACGCCUCCCGCGCAAGGCUCGUCGAGCAACACGUCCAAGCCCGUGUAGCCGAGGAGCUCAAGAAGCUUGACAACAAGGAAACCGAGGCCCUCAAGGUUUCUCACGAAAAAUUCGCCUCAGAAACCACCAGCGACGACAAAGGCACUACCAGCUUCUCGCUCGGCAAGGAAGUCGAAGACCUGCGCCGCAAACUGGAACAGAGAAAGAAGAUCCGCGACUUGCCCGAGAAUGUAGAAAAGGCUCGCAGUGAAGUCAUCCGUUGCUUGCGCGAGAACGAUCGACGACCGCUCGACUGCUGGAAAGAAGUGGAAACUUUCAAGGCUGAAGUAAGGAGGUUGGAGAAGUCUUGGGUCGACAAAAUUACCUCGUAA